UGAUCAGUUCAAGGGAGGGACUAGACGGUGGUUACAAAAAAAACAAAAAAACAUAACGUCGCGGUUUUAGUCCGACCCACUCUUUCACACACCUGCGAAACAUUUGUCGAGCGCAUACCCAGCACUAUAACCACGUUUUGUCAUCGUUAAAUCUCAAACUGUACUGAUUUAAUUUGAUUUUGUGGUUAAUUUGGCAGUUUGUUUUAUGGCGUGGUGUAAAAUGCGUUGUUCGGACUGGGGGCGUGUCACCAAGCGCGAGCUGUAGGACUCGUUUCUUUCCAUCUUAUUCAGUGACAUUUUUAACAAGGAUAUUUUGCCAACAUAAUUUAGUCAAGAAGGUGCACCAAUCUUUGGGUAAUAUAGUACGCAGAAUAGACUGCAUUCAGAUCAUGCGCGAUCUUUUCUCUCUCUCUGAGGGUUUGCGCGUUUUCAGUUCCCCUUUCUGCUGAAGCUGAACGGGCCCGAUUUAUCUCACAACAUCCUGAAACAUGGAGCACACCGGCUGCGUCAACAUCUGCAGUCUGACCAGCACCUUACCGGUGAUCCCGUAUCGGAAACUAACGGAUCUGCACUACAUCAGUAAAGGAGGCUUCGGGACGGUGUUCAGGGCUCAGCACAGUGACUGGCGCACCACCGUGGCGAUCAAGUGCUUGAAACUGGAUUCUCCGGUUGGUGAGAGGGAAAGGAAUUGUUUAUUGAAAGAAGCUGAGGUGCUUCACAAAGCUCGAUUUAACCACAUCAUCCAGAUCUUUGGGGUGUGCAAUGAGCCUGAGUUCUUCUGCAUUGUGACUGAGUACAUGACUAAUGGAUCACUGGAUGAGAUCUUACAUGAGAAAGACAUGUACCCAAUGGUGGCCUGGCCAUUGAGGCUUCGUAUUCUUUAUGAGAUCGCUCUAGGGGUCAACUUCCUCCACAAUAUGACACCACCUCUUCUACACCAUGAUCUCAAAACUCAGAACAUCCUGAUGGAUGGGGAGUACCAUGCUAAGAUAGCUGAUUUUGGCUUGUCUAAAUGGCGUCAGCUCUCUAUCACGAAAGGGUCCGGCUCCAAACCUGCUGAAAUGGGAGGCACAGUCAUUUAUAUGCCACCUGAGGAGUACGAACCUUCCAAGACCCGCAGAGCAGAUGUCAAAUAUGACAUGUACAGUUACGCCAUCAUCAUGUGGGAAGUGCUUUCAAGACGGAUACCAUUUGAAGAGGCCACCAAUCCCAUGCAGAUCAUGUUCAGCGUCCUCAGAGGAUCUCGACCCGACACAGGCUUGGACAGUCUGCCGGCAGACAUUCCCAGUCGAGAGACCCUUAUUAACCUCAUGACCUGCGGCUGGACCGCCAACCCAGACGAACGGCCCUCCUUUCUCAAAUGUCUUAUUGAAUUGGAGCCCAUGUUGAGAAGAUUUGAUGAGAUUGAUGUCUUGGAAGCGGUGCUGGAAGUCAAACGAACAAAAUAUAUGAGGCCGUCAAGCUGUUGCUCAUCAAAUCAAACUAAUGGGAAAAGAAUCGAGGCAAAGAGUGUGAAGGAGCACAACGUCCCUUGGCCAGACAACAGUUCCACAUCUGGAUCAGGCUCCUGCUCUUCCCAGGAAGCAGAAAUAUCCCAUCCGGGCUUCCUUACUAUAUCAAAUCCCUCUCAAGGUGUGUCAGGAGCUCAGGCUGGUCCACCGUCAUCAUUAAUAUCCCUUCCACUUGAUCCUCCAAAGCCUCUUAUGGACCACUGCUUUCGAAACAACCUCAGCACUGAGAACCAGACGACACAGCCCGUGUCCGACCUCAACAUACCUUUCAAACCACAUGUAUCUCAGAGUGAAAGUGAUCUGCCUCUUGCCAUACAACCCCUCACUCUGCAGCCACACCCACAAGAUUUUGUAGCACCGUUGGACUUUCAGGGUCCGGCGGCUCGUUGGAUCGCUGCCCGAAGGGAGGACGUUGUGCGACAGAUGACAGAGGCGUGUCUCAAUCAGAGUUUAGACGCUCUGUUGUCUCGUGAGCUGCUAAUGCGCGAGGACUAUGAACUGGUCGUGAACCAAACCACACGUACCGCCAAAGUGCGGAAGCUUCUGGACACUUGCGAGCGGCACAGCGAGGAGUUCUGCCGUGUGGUGGUGCGGAAGCUCCAGGACAACAAACAGAUGGGUCUGCAGCCCUACCCUGACUUCAGCAUCACUAGCCCUCCUCCACCGUAUACCGCCCCCACCGCCCCCUUCAUCUCCAACUCCUUCAACACCACACGAAACUUCUGACCUUCUCCCAACUCCCAAUCACUGCUCUUGAGCUGGAGCUCUAUGAGUCCUUCUUUGUGUUAAGGAUUGUUCUUGUUCACACGCUCCUGCAUUUGUUUGUGCUGCUUGGUCAGUACUUUGUGUGCCUGGACAAGUGCUUUUGCCUUGGUGGUUAAGGUGUUGGUACCUAUGACACACUUUGUUUGUUAUCAACUUGAACCAUUGCUUUACAUACAUCAUACAAGGCCAACUUUGGUCAAAUAACUACUUGGCUCAUGUUGACUUCUGACAUAAAACUGUGGUUGAAUCAUUGGCUUAAUGCCUAAAUUCUUGUUGAAAUGGACUUGAACCCAAGCAGUAAAGUGGUUUCACAAUGUCACAUUUGGACUUUUAUUCCAGCCAUCAAAAGAAAAAGCAGUGAAACAUCCAAGAAAUCGAUACUAUCUUGUUAUUUGCACCCUCCAUGCCAGCAAAUUUAGUAAAAUAGAAGACUUGAAGACACGCCCUCCUGUUAUGCCAUGUUACGUCCACGUUACUGCAUAGUCACGUCUGGACUUGAAGAAAUUUGUGUGAAUCAGCAGUUUCGGUCUUCCUUUUGGUAAACCAGUGCUUGUUUUUCCCACAGUGGCACUCAAAGUCAGGUCUGAUGGUUUCGCCAUGCAUUUAAUGCUGUGUCAGGGUUGGUCUGCCAUAUAGUGGACAUUUUGCAGAUCUAGAUUUUAGUCAGGGUAGACACAAAUUCACAGAGGGUGCGAGGAAUGGAUGGUACGGUGUGUUCAAUGGGUUAUAGAUUGAAAAAAAAAUCAAAUGAGUCUUGAGAAUCAGACAUGACCUUGAACCUUAAUGACAAUACAACCUUUUCAUCAGAUCAGGUUGAGUUUGAUCAGGUGUGUUGUAUAUAUCAUGGCUUUUUAAAUUUGCAUUACAUUAAAAAAGAAGUCUACACAAACUAAAAUCCAUUCACACACCAGUGGUUUAAUGGUUUGGCCUUAAAGGCAUAGUUCACCCAAAAAAAGUUGUCAUCGUUUACUCGCCCUCAAGAUGUUUGACUUUCUUUCUGAGUAAUGUUCAAAAACUGUUUUUGUACUUGCAAUGAAAGUCAAUUGGGUCCAAAACAAAACCACAUUGGGCCCCAUUGAAUUUCCUGGUAUGGACAAAAAACAUUUUCUUUUUUUAGAAGAAAAACUACAUGAGGGUGAGCAAAUGAUAACUGAAUUUUCAUUUUGGGAUGCCUUUUAAAAUGCAGAGUGCCAACAAUUUGGCUUUCUUUUUUUCUUUUCUUUUUUCCACAGAUUUUUAGUGGUCUUUUAAAGAAUUUGUAGAAUUGAUUUUGUUUUUUUGCCCUGAUGCCAAUGACAAACCGAAAAAACCAAGCUCCUUACCAGACUGUUUUUUUUUUUUUUCUUUUCCCCAUUGAGCCAAUCAGAUGUCGUUCUUUUAUUGCCUUUACUUUUGUAUAGUGAGUACUGUAGCAUCCUGUUCACAAGCAAUAUUAGACAGCACAUAUGACAAGCAGAAUAGGGUGGUACACUGGAGUCUAUAAUGACAGAGUUCAUACAAACUGGUCGAGGUCAACUUCUUCUCCGUUACGUUGUUCUCAAAUGGCAUGUCAGUCAAAAGCAUUAACUUAAUAUUAAACCGUCUAAUCAGUAGACUCAUCUUCUUAUCGAACCAUAAAGUGUCUUGGAUAAGUUACUUCUCAGUAAGUAUUGUGCCAUCUACAGUAUGUAGCCUAGUUUGCACUGGUUAUCAUUGACUCCAGAUGUAGCAGCAGACAGUGGACCAUUUAGAGCACUUUCAGUACAUAAAACAGGCUCAAGUAUAAAACAGCUGUAUUAAAUAUACUGAUACUUGCAUCACAGUUGGAGAGAUUUUGAGGAACGCUACUGGCAAGAUGCUUUUAUCAAGAAACAAAUAGUAUCGAGUGACUAUUUGCUAUUGUUUAUACAAACGUUGCCAGUUUAGAUCAGCAGUUUUCCUCCGUCAUUUGAAAAUUAGAUUUUCAACAUUAAUAUUCUUCAGAUGCAGUGUUAUGUUUUAAGUUUAAAGUUACUUAGAAACUGAACCAAAGGGAAUGCCAAGAGUUAGCACUGUAAAUAUGGGCUACUGAUCUUCAAGCAGAACACAAAUUGAAAUUCUUGAUGCCGAGUUAAAUUUGUUGCAAUGCUUUGAUCAUUUUCUUUUUUUUCUGACCCAUGAACUUGAUAUAUGAAGCAUUUUAUAAAUGUUUUGAUAUUCCACUCUUCUCUCUUUUUGAGUUUCAUUUUAAGGCAUUGAAUUCCUGAGCUGUUGGGUUUCGCAUGUGCCCGCGCUGUAGACUUCCCCUCUGUGCAAAUAGAGGUUGUUUUAGAGGCCUUAUUGUUGCAGAGGUGAUGUAUUUUCCCUAGAUUGAUUACAUUGUUUGUCACCUGGAAUGUCCUGAAAUUGGUUGUUUUAUUGUGUUCCUAUCGGUCACACUGUAGUUUUGGACUUUUGAUUUCCUUGGGUGUCGGGAAAAAAAAUCUUUAAGACCUUGCUGAUGAAUACUGAUUAGAAAUUGAGUCAAAGCGCGACAUCAGUCUUGAUAAGUUGGUGUUUGAUGUUAUUGGCUCAUUUUUAAUGCAAGAAUCAGAUUUUUAUUUAUCGUUUUCGCUUUUUAUAUUUGUUUUUUAUGUUGACUGUCCAGGGUUUGGGACCAUUUACAAUAUAAAGAGUAUGUAUGUGUGGCCUGCUAUUGUUUUGUAUUUAUUUAUAGUCAUCGCUAAUCUUUAGUGAUAUUUUACAUGCAUCUUACGUCGUUUGUAAUGGGUUGUUUAUAUAUAUAUAUAUAUAUAUAUAUAUAUAUAUAUAUAUAUAUGUUAGUUUUGAAAAUAUCACUUGCUUCUAAGUGCUGUUCCAAUCAUGCUAUGAGGCUGAAUGCAUCUUUUAGAUUAUGCUGAAUACUUUAGCACACAUCGCAGCAAUAUAUCAGCUAAAUACUGUAUUGCCUAAUGGCCUGUUUUGGAUAUAGAAAAUGCUGCAUUUUCAUUCAUAUUACAUUUAAAGUUAUUUAAACCACACAGGCUAGGGAUUUAUUUGAAAUGACUACUACUGAUAUCUAUCAAUGUUCAUUUUUGCCUCGGAGCUCUUUGACUUGAGAACCUAAAUGUCUUGUCAUCAAACAUAAAAUGACAAUAAUGUACAGACGUAUGUAGCAGUGUACAAGUAGCAUACAUCUGUGCUAUAGUACUAUAUGAGGAACUUCCAUAAAAAUGGGAAAGUUUAAAGUGUUAUUAAAAUGUGUAGAAUUUCCUGAA